AUGGAGGAGUGGGGUUGUCCAAGGCAUUUGCUAAUCCAAAAUGCUGUCAUCCACCAACAGUUCCAAUCCUUCUCCACAGUAACCUUCUCGUCCUUCCACAGCUCUCCACCUUUCUUUCUUGGCCAUGACGGAGAUAACAUUGUCCUUCACCACCACCACCAUCAUCACCACCGCCACCCAUUACAGCUAAAUACACCCGUCAUAGAACCUGUUCACAGCAUGGCCUUUUCGACCAAGUCUACAAGCAUCAGCAUCUUUAAUGGAGAACACUGCGAUAUUGUUGAUUUGCAACGGAGAAAGAAACCUGCAAGGAAAGAUCGGCAUAGCAAAAUUUUCACAGCUCAAGGUCCAAGAGAUCGGAGAGUAAGAUUGUCGAUAGAUAUCGCCCGCAAGUUCUUUGAUCUUCAACACCUUCUGGGUUGCGACAAAGCAAGUAAUACCCUUGAUUGGCUUCUCAACAAGUCGAACACAGCCAUUAAAGAGCUAGCGCAGACGAAGCAGCUUCACAGGUGCAGUGGAGCUCCUGCCAAGAGUUUUUCUUGUACUUCUGAAUGUGAAGUAGCUUCAGGAACCAUUGAAGCUGCUAAGAAUGGAGAUUCUCAAGGGACAAUUAUGAAGAAGGAGCCACUGACGAGUGACAGGAAAGAGAAAAAGAUGACAGAACAGCAUAAAUCACCAUUGCACCUUCUUGCAAGAGAGGCGAGGGCAAAGGCAAGAGCAAGAGCAAGGGAAAGGACAAGAGAAAAAUGGCGCUCUAGACAACUCAACGAUUUGAAGAAACUUCCUGAUUCAUCAGCUUUCAUACAUCACCAAUCAAGAUCUGAGACGACUCAAGCUGAAACUUGGGAGAAAUUAGGUUUCCAUAACGAGUUUUCCUCGUUAAAAGGUGAUCUAAACCCUCAUCACCACCUGUUAGUUAAUGAAGCAGCAAGUAAAGACGACAUUGAGCAAUCUAUUGUCAUCAGAAAGAAGAUGAAGCCUUCUCCAACAUUGCAUUUUCAGCAAAACCUAAUAAAUUUAGAAGAUGAGACAGCUGCCUGCAGCAACAGCUAUUUUCCUCCUACGACUAAUGAACAUGAUCAGGAGAUUAGCAGCACUACCACAGGCUCUAGCUUUUCUGCUAUGACCAGUGUGUAUCCAUCUACAGCACUUCAUAUCUGGAGAGAACCCUGGGAGGUCUACAACUACCAGAGUCAACCCUAA